CGGAGACCCAUUCUGGGCAGAAAUCAUCCGUCCCCCUCUCACCCCCCCCCCUCCCUUUUUGGCUCUCCCCAACCCAUCUACUUUGCCUCCUCCACAUCCGGCUGCUGGUUCGUGCGUCCCGAAAGGAGCCCUGCCUGCCGGAGCCCAGCUUCCUUGCCCGUUCCGUUCCCCUGGCCCAUCGUCGAGUGUGGGCCACACUUUUCCGGGCGUCCCCCCCCCCUCCUCGAUAAAGGCUCGCCCUCCAGCUCAUGCAAUCCAUGUUGGCGGCUGGCAGGCUGGCCCUGCGCCGGAUGGCGAUGCCGCCGGGCCGGAGCCUCUCACAAGUCGCAUCCUCAUCUCGUGGGACCCUCUCGGCCGGGGAGCGUCUCUGUCGUGACAUCGAGAACGGAGUGGUCCCCUUGCCACGGGGCUUCGACACGGUGACGGACUUUCACUUUUUUUUGCGCCUGGCCGGGGCGCGGUCACCUCCGGACACCGACGAAAGCAUCUUGGCCAGUGAGGUCCGGCGAACUGGCCGACUGAUUGGGAUGGACGAGGUUUCGACCAGGAUGCUGCUGGAGAAGUUUGGCGAGGCGUUUGGAAUUCCCCCCCCCGAUCCCUCGUCGGAGGGUGUAUUCCAUGAGCCCCGGUCAAGGGAUUCGGUUUUCAAGGACGUGAUGAUGCUGUUCGGGCGCGAUCCGCCGGUUCCUGCAUCCACCAUCUCGCGCUUGACAGGCGUGGCCCUUGCCAGGACGAAAUACCUGCUGCAUGCUCGCUCACCCUUGAAGCCUUUGACAUCCCGAAGCCAGCCAAGCAUCAGUCGGCUGCGGGAUUUGUGUUUCAUUUGGCCGCCGAUCUUGUUGCACCAAGCGGCACGACUGCUAUCGUCCUCCGAAGAACAAAUCACUCAGACCAUCGUGCGACACCUGCCCGAGUGCCCUUACCUCUUGUCCCAGCCCCUGUCCCCCCGGGAGGAGGAACACAUGCGAGCGAAAAUGAGAGCCGCACUGGACAUCGACCCGCUGCCGGAGCCGAGGAGCCUUUGCGUGCAAUUGGGGAUGUUCUGGCGGACAUUCCACAUCCAUGGGCCGAACAUCUGCCCGGAGUAUGUCAUCCGGUUGCGGGGGGAAUUGCCCGCGCAGCAGGUUGCGCGGAUGCGCGAACUGCUGGCCAUGCAGACAUUGACCAUCUUUGAAAUGGCCUCCGGUUUGGGGAUCCGGCCAAACGACCUCCGGUGGUACAUCAAGUACUAUGAGCCGAUGGUGGAGCUGCCGCCGUCCAACCAGCUGCCGGUCCGGGCCUUGGCCCCGGUCGGCGGCCGGGGCAAACUCACUCGUCAGCAGUAUGCCGAAGCUCGGCUGCCGGUGGGUUCGCCGAUUCUCAAGGAAUUCGAGCCUGGAGGGAUGCUGGCCGAGCCGGCGGAUUGGCAAGCAGCCGCUCCCUUGCCUGCGGCGGCUCAUGUGAAGUCGACAAGUACACGGAGGCCGCACCGCCGGACCUUUUCCAACCAUAUCCCGAGAUGUUGAAUCUCUCGGUGACGGAAGUUCGCCGCUUGCGGGCGUUCGGCCGCGAGGUGCACCCGGAGGGCGGGCGCAUGCGCUUUACAGUGCGGGACUUGGCCCGAAAGAUGGCCAUCCCCGAGGACUUGGUGUAUUCGAUGCUUCAUCGCUAUUGUCCGGAGUACUUCUUCUUGGCUCUUCCGCCCGAGGCACGAUCCGGCCUUGGGGGGAUGUAUGUGCCGGAGGAGAAGUUGGAUGCCCUUUUGGCGGCGUACAGCCACAAUCCGAAAGAGAUCCCCCAGAAGCUGGCCGCGGAUUUGGGCUGUACCCUGCCGCAGGUGGUGAACUCCCUUCGAGCCCAUGUCACCGGGCAGGGCAAGCGGUACAUGGCGCCCAUGUUUGCUCGGCACGGGGCCAAUCGUGCCUUUGAGAUUGAGCAGAUGCUGGCAGCACAUCCGGACAAAGCCAUCAGCACUGUGGGCCUCCGCUGUGGGUUGAAUUUGCGGGUCAUGCGGUCUGCCUAUCCAUAUUUGCUCGAGCAAUAGACGGCCCUGAUGGGCAAAGAUAUUUAUGUGGAAUUUCGGCAUCAACCCAAGCGGCUGUGAUUUCCGCCGUGGAGGUCUUCCAAAAGCAAAGCCAAUUUGGGAUCGUCCUGAUCGCCCUCCGGUGUAAUGUGGUAUCACGUGCCAUCUAGGAACUUGUGGCAGGGUUCACACGGGUUAAGCC